GAGAGCAUUCCUGCCUAGAAAACAGCAUCUUUGCUCCUUCCUGAUUCUCUCUCUCGACAUCUCUCCCACGCUCCCCAGCUCAGUCUUCAGCUCCCUCCCAAAGUCUCCUGAGCUACAGAAGACUAUGGAUGGGCUGCGUUUACCUCCACUCAUCGAGGAGGCUCUGGACUCUACAGAUGACCCCUGCGAUCUAAAAGCCGAGAUCAGCCCCAACAUGGACAACGAGAUGACGGCCAAGGAGCGAGGUGUGCUGGAGGAGAACAAUGAGAAGGAGGAGAUGGACCAGGAGAGAGCUCAGGAGGAGGAGGAGGAGGGUGAAGAGAGGAAGCUGAAGGAGGAGGAGGAGGAGGGUGAGGGCGAAGACAAGAGCAGGAAGGAGCAGGAGCCACUGACAGAGGAGCAGGAGCUGGAGGAGCUGAGGGCCCAGGUGCUGCAGCUGCUGCUGGAGCUGGAGGAUGCCAGGGAAACGUCAAACAAACACGAGGAGAGCUUCAGUGAGCUGCAAGGUGGGGCCACUGACAGUAACAACAGGCCUUUUUAUUCGUUCUUAAUAAUCAGCCGUCUCAUCCCUAAAACCACUCUCCUAUUGGAGCCAUUUAUUAACCUCAGUGUUUUUCUUCUGCUGUAUUUUUACAAGCUGUUUUGGAAAGGAUAACUGGGGCCUCGGCAGCCACAGCUCGCAUCUUAAAUGUUAGUUUCUGUACCAUCUUAAUGGUUCCUAAGGAGCAAUUUUCAAUUCAGUCUGCAGAGUGUGUAGUUUGUUGUCUCACUUCUGCAAAUUGGAAGUGUGCAGACAGUAACCAUGCUCCUGCCUGCUCCUAAAUGAAAACAAACCAGUGUGACAGCCACUCCGGCCAAUUGAUCAUGCAGUAAAUAUGUUAUGCUGAGGUCCAUUUCACCAAAACGACUCCAAAUUUACAUUUCAGACAACUCCAUUUUUUUUUCUUAGUUUCAUAAGCAGGUUUGAAAAUGCAUUCAUUAUUUUUAUUUGUCACGGCUGAAGCCGUCACUAUCUGUGCAUGAGCAGCGCUCACAAAAUCACCUCUGCGACACACGGUUUGUUUACAACAAUCGGUCCACGUCAGUGUUGGAACCAUUUUAAGUCUCAGUGAGUACAAAUAUGAUAAAGAUCAAUAAAUAUAGUUGACUGAGAUGAACUCAGAUUAAAGAAUAAGUCAAUGUCCCAUUAUAAGCUUAACAAAAAAAUCAAGUAAACAUGAUCCUUCUGCUAUGACUCAAAUAUCCUACUAGGGGCAUCUCACCAUCUUGCUUUAAAGGGCCACUUCACCCAAAAAUCGAAUUGUGUUAUUUUACCAUCAGACAGUGGACCUGAGCUGAACAGAGGAAGUUAGGUUUGAAAAAAGAAAUCAAAUUGACAAAACAGUUGACAUCAAAGUAAUUUCCUUCAAAGAAAAUAAAAGCCCUACACUGCUUGUAAUGGCCGUUCAUACCACAGUCCAUGUUCCUACGGCCACUUAAUUUGCAGCCGUUUUGUUUCUGACUCGUGUCCAAUUAUUUAUUUUUGAGAAACCCAAUGUUACUCACAAGUAUUCCACAGGAGGCAGGUAAACGUUUACGUCGAUUUAUUUGAAGACAAAAACCAAAAAAAACAAAGGUCUGGUCCAGUACCAGAAUAUUGUAGUCCACACUGCUCUUUACUGUGUUUUAAAGGAAAUUAAAAACAAAAUUUGGUCAAAUGUGGUCAAAUGAAACACAGCAGCAUCAUAAUGAUUUUAAGGUUAUUUUCCAUUCGACCAAGUGGAAAGAAAUCAAUUUAAAUUCAAUCAAAGACACUUUUUACGCCGAUGAUGACCAUAAUGCUGUGAUCUCAAAUGUUUCUUUCAUUGCAUUGAAUUACCAGGAGAGAUAAAGACGACCUUCCUCUCAGUGAUUCUCUAUGCUUUUAUAAUUCUGUACUCACAAUCACAAAAGUUCAGCCUCAUUCUCUGCCCGCAAGAGCGAAGUGUCUCCUGUUCAUCGCAAUCUCGAUGAAGCCGCUUAGAUAUAAUAAAUGUUUAUAUGCGGUCACUGACACAGUCUGUGCCUCACAGCAGCUAAAUGGAGCAUCGCAUCAUACCUUAGAAAUGAUGAGCUUAAUGGUCAGGGACACAAGCAGUGAGUAAGACCUUAGGCAUUGAGCCGCAGUGAACAUCUACACUGUGUGUGUGUGUGAAAGAGAGAGGGAGCAUAUGUAACUGUGUCCUACUAAAAGACAUGAGCUCAGUUGUUUGUCUGGCAACAGUUCAGGCAUUCCUCAGACAACUGCGUGCAUGCUGAGGGAAGCUUCCAGACUGGGUGUCCUAGACCACAAUGAGAAAUCGCUGUUGGUAAACUCCCAGUGGGGAACAGUCAGCUGCUCCAGGAGCUGGCAGCUGUUAGGGGGAGGAGGUGGCGGAGCAUUGGAGGUGGUGGUGGUGGUGGUGGGGCCCACGUUGGAUGGUAAGAGAGUGACGUAUGCUGAGGUGUAAGUAAAAAUCCAGGAUAUCUCUGUACGGCUCUACAAAUAUCUAUGACAGAUGAC